CCGAGCUUUGGUGGUCGCUGGGGAGUUGGGCACCUGUGCGAGACUACAGUAUGAAAAGAAAGUCGGUCGGAUUGUUUUCGCGCGUGCUCGCUGGGGGCAGGUUGGAACUUGUUGAUAGGACGCCGGCCAUUCGGGACUUAAAGUAAAUUAUUUCCGAUUCAGUACAUAUCAUGAUUGUUUAAAUUUUAAAAUAAAGUAUACGGCAGUGAGUAAUCAUGCCCGGGGCGGGGUGCACUGUUCCUGGCUGCACAAGCAGGCUUAAUAAGAGAACCUCAUUCAAACUCAGAAUGGUGCGUUACCCGAAAGACGAAGAGCUUAAGAAAUGUUGGUUAACCAUUCUGGGUCGCCCUGACUGGACCCCCUAUGGAGAGGCCCGUGUCUGUGAGCUGCACUUUUUGAGUGACCAAUGGAGCAGCCCAUUCAGGCUUAAAAAGGGGGCCCUUCCAACAUCCACAGCCAUCCUUUGCUCCUGCAAAAAGGGAGCCUCACCACCAGCUGCUGCCCAUUCCCAUGACCACUGCUAUGCACAGAAGGCAAGUGCUUCCUGCAAGCUUCAUGGGUCCUUGACGUCAUCCACCAUCGUUGAAGUUACAAAGGAGAACAUAGAGCUGCAGAAACGUGUUUGUGGACUUCAAAGGCAGCUCCAUGGUGAGGCUACUGACACAUUUUCAACACCUCUGAAGUCACUAGAAAAUAUAAAAGUGCUGUCAUCAAGGAAGAAGUACACUACUGAGGACAUCAGGAAGGGCCUACAAAUUCGCUUUUCCUGUGGCAGUACAGGUUACAAUACUGUUCGAAAUCUACUCUCCAAAGAUACAAAGUUGCCAUCCAUCCGUCUCCUUCAGUUGGAAACUGAGCACAUCAUUUUCAAACCAGGGAUUUUGCAUGAAGUACUACACGCUCUGAAGGAAAGGUUCGCUGGCUUGAGUGAUGUGAGGGAUCGAGAUGUUGUGCUUGUGUUUGACGAAAUGUCCACAAAAAAAAGAAUUGAUUGGGACCCAAGUACUGGGGAAUAUAUUGGUUGGGGAACAAUUCCUGGACAUGAACACCUCCAUGCAGAGAAAGGGGAGAUAUUUGUCUUAAGAGGCUGCCAUAGAAAAUUUAAACAAAUUGUGGCUUAUCAUCUCAACCCAACAUCUGUGAACAUGGACCAGAAGAAGUUAGUCAUCAUGGAGCUUUUACAGAAAGCCAAGGACAUUGGUGCCAAUGUCGUUGCCAUUGUCUGUGAUUGUGGCAACAGGACUCUGUUGAGAAAACUUGGGUUUGGUACCCAAAAAAAUAAUCUUAAGUAUUGCAUUCCAAACCCCAUAUCCCCUGACCUUAAAUUAAGAUGUGUAGCAGACCCUGUUCAUGUUUUCAAAUCCCUGAAAGAAUGCCUCUGUUCCAAUAGAUUUAUCGAGUUACCGGCCUCCAUUGUUUCGCAGUUUGACUUGCCUUCAGCCAUGGUCAAUAUUGAACACAUUGCAUGGUUGGAGAAAUUUCAAAGAGACGAGUCGCUUCAAAUGGUUCCUGGUCUCACAUUUAAAGAUCUAAGUACUACUCAUUUCAGCAAAAUGAAGGUAAAAUCAAGCCACAAAGUUAUAAACCAUAAAGUAGGAGCCGCUUUGUCUUAUCUUGUGCUGAAAGGUCUAGUACCCGAAGCUUUUGAAACGACUGCCUGGUUCAUCAAACUGAUGAACCGUUGGUUUGAGCUAACAACUUCCAGGAGUUGUCAGCUGGCCUUCGGUCUCAAAAAUGAAGUUGCGUACAAUGCAGCUGUAGACCAUUUAAAAUUAGUAGUCACAGUUUUCCAGGGUGUGAACAUUGCUGGGGGCUGGAAACCAGUACAGUCACAUAUAAUUUUUAGUACCAAAUCCCUUUUAGAAAUUACUGAUCACCUGAUAAGAGAAAAAAAUUACCAAUUUGUACUGACAGGUAACUUUACGUCUGAUGUGGUAGAGAACAUUGUCAGUCGUGUAAGAAUCACUAGACCAACUCCAUCUGGCUUAGAGUUAAAAACUAGGCUCAACACUUAGCAAUAUCUCAGUUCAAUGACAGAAUCUCAACUUCAUCCUAUGCUCAUGAUGAUGCUGAAGACUUAAUUGAUCUUCUGAAUGAGCGGUAUGAAUCUGUUGCACUUGAGGAAGAAUUCGACCCCUCCAGUUUUAAGUGGAAUCCCUGCGUUCCGGCAGGAGCUUUCAAACCCCACUAUGAAGAUGUAAUGUACAGGAUGUGUGGCUAUGUUGUUGUGUCUUUAAGGAAAAGGAGCAUGCUUCAGUGUGAGGGGUGCAUUGAUGCCUUACGCCAUGCUGGGGAGUCACCACACCACAAUGGCCUGUUCCAAAUUCUCACUGACUAUGUUCCUGGAGCGCAGUUUCCUGCUAGUGACAUGUUAUUUAGAUUACUGAGGCUUAUUGAAUUCAACCUUUUGCGGUGGGCUGAAAAACUUAAAAAUGGCAAGAAACAUGACGUUCUUAUUGAUUU